ACCAAGGGGUCAUCAGGCUGAGUCUGCAAGCCGGAAGUGACAUUAGACAAGGCCUAGGCUUUGAUAUCGCGCCUGAGGAGAAGAAACUAGAGGCCAGGGGCUGCACAAAUCAUCGUAAAAUGUGGCAAUAAAGACACACAAGUGGGUUCAGGGUUGAUGGAGUAUGUCUAAGCCACAACUAGCCGUUCCCAGGGGACCAGCCCCACCGUAUGACUUCCAGCUGCAGGUGGUGAUGGUGGGGGAGUCCAGCGUGGGGAAGACUUGCAUCAUCAAUAGGUUUACUGAAGACAAAUAUGAAGACCCCAUCUCUACUGUAGGCAUUGACUUCAAAAUUAGAAUAUUUGAGAUGUAUGGCAAGAGAAUACGACUUCAAAUAUGGGACACAGCGGGUCAUGAGAAGUUCAACACCAUCACCACACAGUACUACCACCGGGCAGACGGGGUCCUACUGGUGUAUGACAUCACCAGGGAACACACCUUUGUCAGCAUUCCCAAGUGGCUCAACCAAGUAGAUGUGUAUGCCUCCCAUGAUGUGGAAAGGUACCUACUGGGAAACAAGUGCGAUCAAGAGGUGCUGCGAGAAGUUCCCAGGGAAAGAGCAGAAAAGUUUGCUGUUGAGUACAACAUCAACUUUGUGGAGGUGAGUGCUAAGACCAACACAGGCAUCGAGCAUGCCUUCAGGGACCUGGUGGAAAGCAUCCUCCGUAAGAGGCCAGAUGCCCCCGCCAUGAUGGAUGAGAGAAUCCACCUGAACAGAGGUGACUAUGAACGGUCCCCACAACCCGGCACCAAGUCAUGCAGUGGGAGAUGUGUGUAGCAGUCUGAACAGAAAUGCAGUAUGCUGGAGUAGCAGUACUUUUAUACUGAAACAUACAUGUACGUGUACACAGGGUGCUGUCAGGAUCUUGAUUAGUUACUGAAUAGGACAGAGCUUGUUUGUUACUUCAAGUUCCUUAUUCACAAUCAAGGAGUUACAACAGCUGGUGUAUUGUUGACUGCCAUCUUCCUCAGGUCAAUGAUGGCCUCACACUACAUGUAUAACUAGGUGUUACUUGUCCUGAGGAAGGUGACAAUCACCAAAAUGCUGGCUGUAAGUUACAGUUUAUACUGCUGAGGCAGGAAAACCAAUCUUACUUCCCCCUACAUGUCUUAAAAGUUUAACCCUCUUAAGCACCCAAUCUUGUCCCUACCAUCUUACAUCCCUGACAUUUAUCUUGUUCUUAAACUUACACAUGUGCAAUGUUGUGCACUUAUUGUAUGCAUGUACUGUACAUAGCUCUGUGAGACAAUUGCUAAGAAAGUCAUCUAAACGUUAAUGUGUGUUUUAGUACUCAAGUUACUGCUCAAGCCCCCAGCAGGACUGUUACACAACACCUCUCCAACUUUCAUAUGCAGUCAGUGACUUGUCACUGUUUCAACUUUAUUUUUGGAUCCACGAAAAACCCAUCUAUUCAUAUACCAACAUGUAACAUUUCUGUUUGUGCUCAUUCCUGCUGUUUUCUUCACAUUCAGAUAGUACAUACUAGACUAAGUAUGUGUUGAAAUACAAGAAUGAGUAAACUCAAAGGGGCCUUUUUAUCCAUUGUUUUAUUUUUGUUGUUGCAUCAUCUUAGGUUUAUACAAAUAUCUGUAAGGUUUCCAUUAUUAUCAUCUACUUUUAAUUUGAUCAGGAUAUUUUAUCAUUUCAUGGUCAAGUAUGUUAGAUCUAUGAAGAAAUGCAAACUGAGGGAAUAUUGUGCAAAGUCAACUUCCAAGUUAUGGCUUAGUUUAGAAGACAGUAACUGAGUAACAUAUACAAGAAAAAUUAUACAUUUUAUUAUAUCCCUUGUUUUGAUUUUCUCUGUAACUUUCAUGCUGAUGUCUAGACCACACCUGUUCAAUUUCAAAUUGUUGGUUCUCCUAUUUGAAGAAAAUUAAAAAAUCAAGAUGGAAAUGGCAUAAUGAGGAGAAAGUCUUACCUUGGUGCUCACAGUUCCAGGGAGGGAAUAUUGCCAGAUGCAAGUUUUCCUCUCAUGUCUCAAUUUUCAUUUUGACUUCUUGGUUUAUUCCCACUUUAAAAUGCAAAAGAACAAACAAUUGAGAAUUGGUGUGGAUAUAAAGUAGCAUAUUUUUGUAAAGGUAGCAUUUGUACCUGUUAGAUAUUUUGUUUCAAGUCUGUGUAUAAAAUAGACAUAAAAUUGUAAAUAUGCUAGAUAGAAGGAAUUAAGACACUUGAAGGAUGCAUAAUCUAACAAUUUUUUACUGUCAAUACAAUAGUGUCAAUGUAGACAGUGGCUGCAAGCUAGAUUAAGGAUUUUUACUUUGAUGUUUGUACAAUGUACUUUUUUUAUUUCAAAACUUUUGUAACAUAUUUUAUUUUGCAGUAUGUCAAAAUAUGAUAUAAACAUAGGUCAUAAAACUUUUUUUGCAAAGUAAAAUGUUUUUCUGUGAAGUUACAUGUUUUGUACUGAAGAAAUUUCCUAGUAGAUGUACAUGAUUCUGUGGGAUGAGCCACGAGAAAGCCCAUCAGGAUAGAAUAAUGAUUCAUUUAACUACACAUGUGCUCAAUGGACAUCAAAUAUUUUCUUGUGAUACUGCAAGGAAAAAAUGUCACUUUUGUGUGCUUAAUAUAAUAUUGACAUACAGCAUUGUACAAUCAUAGAUAGCAAGUCUGUAGGUUACUGAAAUUAUGCAAGAGUAAAGUGGGUAUCUCACAGGACUGGUACUGCACCAAAUUAUGCUAGGAAAUUGCACAAACUUUGCAAACUUGUUCCAAUUUGCCCUUGAAGUCACACUGGCAUGCGACACAUAACACUCUCCAAGCAGAGGUUAGGCUUCAGCUACUUUUUUACGUGUUUGUAGGCGUUUUUAUUGAGCUAUUUUGUACCGUUUUCUUUACGUCUUGCGGCAAAAUUAGAGAAACACGUCAAAAAGCAACCGGCGCCUAACCUCUGCUUGGAGAGUAGACAGCAGGUUAUCGGCAGUCACUGAGUGUUGCAAUUGAAUUAUGAAUGUGCAAUGAUUGCAAAUGCAUUGAAAAAAGAGUAUGCAGUGAUAGGAUGUUGAAUCAUGAUACUUUGGUGCAAAAAUGGUCAUUUCUAAAACUACAUGUACACAAUUCCAGGCAACAAAUUGGCACUGGUCUGCCCCAGUUUGUGAAGGCCUGAUGAAACUUUGUGCAAUCUGUCCAGUGAGAUACCCUCUUGAGUUACGUAUUCUCUACAAGUUCUACAAUGUCACUGUUAUUGUGACUAAAGUAUAGACUUAAAACACCAGUUUUCUCCCACUGACAAUACUUUCUUGUGGUACAAACAUUGAGUACUCUUUGUUAAGUUAUGGCCUGGACAUUGCUCUACCAACAAUGAUUCUAUGCUACAAAUGUUUUCAGUUGACAAGGCCUUUUCAGUCAGAAUAUUUUUGUGUGCAAUUCAAUAAGAGUCAAACGUACAUAUGCAUGUAGCUGUGAAGUAUUGUUAAACUACAGUUACAGAAUAGUGCAUUUUUACCUUCAGGUAUUAUCUUCUGUCAGUAACAUCCAAAUUACCCCCAUACUGUUGGACAAUAUUUAGUACAUUUUAUGAGCUUGUGUAUGGUGGACAAUAGAUAAGGAAUGUACUAACCAAAUAUUUUUCAUAAUGUACUAUAUCUUAUGUAACCACUUAAUGCAUUACCACUCUACAUGUAUGUGAGUCAGAGAAGACUGUGCUAACCGAUGUCUAACAACUCCAUUACUUUACGUCAAAGUGACUAGUGAACUUGCACUGAUCAAGGACAAGACUGGUACACAAACUGUUGUGCUCUAUACUGUACAUUGGUAAGACAUUGGUAAGACAGAUAAAGGUAAAGCAAUGUUACUGCUAUGAUUGUAAAUUAGCAUUUACUAUAUAGUAUUAAGUAACUUUUGAUUUUUACUGAUUAGAGAUUAAACUUGUCAAAUGUGAGUGGGGUUCUUAGCCAUUGGGACAAAAAUCAUGUAUUCUAUUUCACCUACUGAUGAAAGGUUAUCUAAUCAUGUACAGAAUUUGUGCUAUAAAGAUGAAAACUAGA